AUGAGUGCAGCGCCAAACUCGAGAACUCGGGGUCGCGACCCAAGAACACAGCUACGAAACUACUGGAACAGCCUCGCGUUCCAUUACCCCAAGCCCGGCAGGGUGCACGCCGGGAUUUAUAUUCCCGCAAACGCACCACCGGGGACAUUCUUCAUUGGACGCGGGAUCGUCGUCGAGACCGGAAUCACCCCGCAGGGACGUUUCUACGUCUGGGUUGAGCCUGUUGUAAGGAAACCUCGGGACCGUCGGAAGAAACCUCUGGGGUUAUCGACUGCUGAGUUCUGGGAUCCUGCGGGAUAUCGUAUGCCGGACAUGUAUCUUCCCCGCGACAUUGUCAAUCUGAAAAGAUCGGCUGGGACCGACUCAGACGCCAUGUUGUGCAGGAGGCCGGACGGGGACCGUCCGAAGCUUGAGGAAUUCCCCAGGGAAGACGUCAAGCCGGGGGAUGAGGCUCUCGGCGUCUACGGAUACUUCGAUGGCCGUCGUCGUAUCGGGGUUGGUCGAGUUAUCAACACUGAAGGUGAAGGGGUUCCUGUACGCGUGGAUGGAGUCGACAGAAAACUUGUUGCGAACGUUGAACCCAUAUUGGGCCAAAUGCACCGGUACGGAUGGGACCCCGAGCUGCACUACAUGGAUCAGCCUGUUUCUAUCGCCGGUCUGGAUCCCAUCAACGAUAGUCGGGAAAAGCCAAAGAUGCCCGACUAUAAACGGUGCAGCCACAGCCACCUCGUUUCUAAUGAUGAUUACUUUCCACCGCUUGGGUCCGAGGGCUGGGGCGCAUUUGCCGCCCCCGACGGCAGGUGGUAUGUUGGGGUUGGCAGGGUAAUAGCGACUGGGAGGAGGAGGGACAGCUGCCACGGAUAUGUCCUGGUCGUGCCAAUUUCUGGCAAAACAGGUGGGGACUAUGACUUCUUCCACCCUGUCACCGGAGAGUACAUGCCAACCUUUGUGCCGCCCAUAACACCAUCCAUGAGAUGGCCGUGGCGGACCUUUUUCGCAAGGGGCCUGAGCGAGAUCGCUCCAGGCUUCAAGGACGCAUUCGAGCUGUUCAAGAUUGAGCCACCAACGGAGUACUGGGAUGACUCGGACAGAGAUUUCUGGUCUUUAACCGACGAGGAGGAUUGCUAA